AUGGAACAAUAUUAUCACACAUUUCGAGUAGUCGAGGUUUCAGACGACGCCUUCUCUGAGUCACCUCAUGCAGGAUUUUGCAAGACUGGGAUUUUCACGGCUGCUCUUUCCAUCUCCUUCUCGAGUUCCUCUUCUCGUCGCAAUGUAGCAAACUGGCCGUCUAAAGACUUGGCCGCUGCUAACCAUGCAAGAACAAUUGCGAGGAGUAUGCCUCCAAGAAAAGAAGUUGAAUUCGCCUGUCUUGUCACUGUCAAUUUUGAGGAUGAAACUUCAGCCUCUUCUCCAAGGCAGAUGCUCCAUUUGACGAAGUAUUGGGGGAUGCCUAUAUUGUUUCUCUCUUCUGUAGUUUUUUCUCUUGGGCACAUUGUUGUAGCUUAUCGAACAAGCUGCAGAACCAGGAGGAAGCUCUCCUUUCGUGGUGUUGACCCAGGAUCCGUUCCUUCUUGCAAAAUUGCUCUCUGGUUGUCAAAGGUUCCACGGUCGCCCACUCCAUCUUCUGGGAAGACUUUCAGAAGUGACUCUGAAAUCAGGAGAAAAGCACCAGGAUUGGCUCGUUAUGAAGGGGAACUUCCAGUUAGAUUACUUGCUGAUAUAGACAGCUUAUUCAUUACAUGGACUAAAUUAUCCACUGUUGGUCGUGUGGUUGCUGCUUUUGAAAGGCCUGGCUGCGGUUUGAUAUCAAGGCCAUGCAGGAAGGAUUGGGAGGAAAAUCAAUUACCUAAUCCUUACAAACUUGAUAAUCAGGCCCCAUUAAAUGUAGAAGGUUGGGAUGAAGCAUUUCAUGAAAUAGGGAAACUACUAUACGAGACUGUCCUCACUCCGCAAAAUGCAGAGUUAUUGCUGAAAGCAGUUGAACAGUUGCCAUGUCCUUGUCCCUCUAAAAUCUGUUCAAUCUAUAGCUUCCAAACUAGUAAAUACAAGACUACUUGCAAUAUCUGGUUGUGCCCAUCUUCCACAUGA